ACGUUCAACGACGUCGUAUUUCCUUCUACAUUUUCGGCAAGCAAGCCACAUCCGUUAACUUUCAAAUCCAACAGCGUACGCACGCCAUCGCGGGUGGCUUUUCGAAAAGUUUUGUCGCGUACUCAUUCUCAGUGAAGCACGAAGUGUGUUGGACGUUCACGCAUCUACGAUCACUCGUGAAGACAAGGAACGCAAUGCCGCACAACAUUUAUUACUCGGACAAGUAUUACGAUGACCAGUACGAGUACAGGCAUGUUGUUUUGCCAAAAGAGCUGGUGAAAUUAGUACCAAGAACUCAUCUCCUAUCUGAGCAAGAAUGGAGAGCCAUCGGUGUUCAACAGAGCCAAGGAUGGAUACAUUACAUGAUACAUGAACCUGAGCCACAUAUUCUGCUAUUCAAGAGAAAGAUAACUCAAGAGGAAAAAUAAACUGGAUGGAAUUAUUAUGUUGAUUUGUAAAUAACACAUCAGAUCAUGUUUACAUUCAUAGCGGAACUCAUUUGUGCUUGUAAACCAUGUAACUCUGUUUCCUUUUUUCUCUGUGUCUCUCUUUGGUUGUCUAGCAAUAUAAUUUAUGUUUAAAACACAAUGUUUAUUUUCUAUAAAUUUGAGUUUUUUGAUAAAUUAUUCAAGUUAUCUAUCAAAUUCCGCAAACUAGUGUACGACAUGGUCAUGGCUCUGUCAUCUGUUUUAUCUUACUUUGCUCUGUCAUUUGUAAGAAAAUGUCAAGCAAGUAUACUGUAUAUAUGUCUAUAGAGUGUCUUAGUUUAUAAUCUCAUUGUCAUAAAUUCCUUUUCGUUUUUUAUUUUUUACAUUGAAAUUUUCAAUGAAUUUCAUGACACUGAACAAAGUGAAAUAUUAAUAAGGAAAUAGUUGUCUUGAAAAAUAGCAGUUCUCUAAGAUGAUGUAAUAUUUUAAGUAUUGUAUUAAAGAGAAUGUGGUAUUCUUGUACUCUUGUGAUUGCAGUGCCUUACAGGAACUUAUCCUAAGAAUAUUGGUUAAAUUAAGAUAUUUAAUAAUAAUUGUUCCUUGAAUCUUUAUGACAGUAUUAAUGUAAUAUAUAUGUAUAAAUAUAUAUAUAUAUAUAUAUAUAUAUAUAUAUAUAUAUAUAUAUAUAUAUAUAUAUACAUAUAUAUAAAUAUACAUACAUAUAUAUACAUACACACACAUAUAUAUAUAUAUAUAUAUAUAUAUAUAUAUAUAUAUAUAUAUCCCUUAUGCAUUUCUUCAGAUAGACAAUCUUAAAAUUGUGACUUAGGUUCAGUUUUCAAACUGAAGGACUUUAUUAAUCAUCAUUCAAUAAUUAAUAUAGUUGGUUUAAAAAUCACAAAGUAAUAAAAGAAAAGGGAACAUUUGAUCGUACGUAUAUAGGUAUGACGUAUUGAAAAAGUUACUGAUUUAAAGAUAGUUAUAAGUGGAUCAUAAUUGGAAGUAAAUUUACUUUUGAACUAUUUCUGGAUAUCAAGUAAUCGGCGCAGCAAUCAUGAGAUCAACGCCAACUUUCAAUUGGAUGUAGUACUGUUCCAAUAUGUAAAAAGGCAUCACAUAAAGUUUAAGUUUUGCGACCUAUUCCGCUACAAACAUAUUUUAGAAUGUUGACUUUGAUAUGAAUUGUAUACGUACCAUCCAUAUGUAUUUCCGCUCCGAGCAAUCUCAUAUAUCGUAUGCGAUUCACGUACCUUAAUAUAUUAAGUUUGUAUGCUCGAUAUUUCUAUUGCGAUGUAAUUCAUAUUCGAACAUCACGUGUGCUUAACGUGUAAUAAUAAGCGAUUUUGAUUUGCUUAUGAGAAUAGAAAAGAAGCAUGUGUUAUUAAUAUUAUGUUAAAUAAAUGUUUGCGUUUAAAGAUA